CUUCUUCUCCAAUAGCGCGCCUCGAUCUCAAGCCGCAUAUCGCACGAGAGCUUCGUCAAACGUCCAUUGCGAGUUCGCCCGUCAGGGGCGUCAGGUUGAAUUUCAAAUCGAAGGCGCGCAGCGACACCUGGCCAGGCAAAACAAGAACCGACUGGUGGCGGUUUAAAAGCUAACGUCCGUUUUAAAUCUCCCCUCGGCGUCUACGCUCUCGCCUCGCGGAGUGCUGGAACGAUUUACGCCUGGGAUCGACGCACGUAUUCUAGACAGAAUCCAAGCUCGCUCGACAGAGUCGAAAUCUUCCAACGGCCGGUGGUUGCGCCCCGAGGACACGUGACGCCCGCUCGUCAUGUCGCACCUUAGAUUCAUGAAGGAGAUAGAUAAUCUGACCCGCAUGGACGACACUAUCAAAGGCGCGGUCCCGCGGUGGCAAAAGAAGUGUAUGGAGUCGUCGAAUACGAGCAUUAAUCAGAGUUUGAACUCGUCGAAGAAAGUUAUGGGCUGCUCCUUCACCAGCAGCACGUCGGGAAAGAGCCCGGCGAGGAAGGGCGACUGCAAGACCAAGAAGACUCCCUCCAAAGCCAUCAAGAAGUCGCCAAGUCGAGCCACUACUCCAGCCAAGACACCCAACGGCGGCGACAGAUUCAUCCCGUCGAGGUCCACGACCAAUUUUGAAAUAAGUCACUUCAAGAUUCUGCAGCAACAGAACGCCGAUCAGGACAAGGACAAGGCCGACAAAAGUCCCAUGAAACGGGAGAUGCAGCGUCUCAUAGGAGAGAAUCUUCACGGUGGCGAUAUAAACAAUACUAGGGUUUUGUCUUAUCAGAUUAAGGCACCAGCGCCGCCGGAGGGAUACCAGAAUCCUCUCAAGGUCCUGUACAGUCAAACCAAAACGCCGGCGAGCGUUAGAGCUUCUACGAGAUACAUACCGCAGGCCCCUGACAGAAUAUUGGACGCCCCCGAAAUCAUUGAUGAUUAUUAUCUAAACCUGGUGGACUGGUCGAACAACAAUAUCCUGGCCGUGGCGCUAGGCGCCAACGUUUAUCUAUGGAACGCCGGAACUGGUACUAUAGAGCAACUGUUUGAGCUGGAGGCGAACGAUUAUGUCUGCUCCGUCGCGUGGAUUCAAGAAGGUCCGUACCUAGCUGUCGGUACCACAGUAGGAAAUACAGAAUUGUGGGAUUGCAGUCAGAUGAAGAGAAUGCGCGUUAUGAACGGCCAUGUCGCCAGAGUCGGUUCGCUCUCCUGGAAUUCCCAUGUACUGUCGAGCGGCUGCAGGGCUGGUAAAAUAGUGCAUCACGACGUCAGGGAACGAGAUCACUUGAUCUCGACCGUAAACGCGCACGCUCAAGAAGUGUGCGGCCUGAAGUGGUCGCCCGACGGGCAGUAUCUGGCGAGCGGUGGCAACGACAACAUGCUGCAAAUUUGGCCGUCGCUCACCGGACAAAGGCACUCUCAGACGCAACCUCUUCACUCGUUCAAUCACCACCAAGCUGCCGUAAAGGCGCUCGCCUGGUGCCCUUGGCAGAACAACGUGCUCGCGAGUGGUGGCGGUACCGCCGAUCGGUCCAUUAGGUUUUGGAAUUGCAACACAGGUACCUGUUUGAAUACGAUAGACACCAAGUCUCAGGUCUGCGCUUUAUUAUGGUCUACAAACUACAAAGAGAUCGUUUCUGGACACGGAUACGCGCAAAAUCAGCUGACAAUCUGGAAAUAUCCGAUGAUGACGAAGCUCGCGGAACUUACCGGGCACACCAGUCGCGUUUUGCAUCUAGCCAUGUCACCGGACGGAACUACGAUACUUAGUGCCGGUGCCGAUGAAACGCUAAGGCUGUGGAAGUGCUUCCAAAUGGACCCGCACAAAAAGAAAGAAUCCAACGACGUAAAGUCGGUCGCGUCCAGACUUAAACAAUCGAUUCGAUAAAAUCGACGCAUAUUUCUUAGCAACGAUUUCAGUAUUUAUUUUUCUGAUUGUAUGCGUUCGGUAUAUAAUAUAAAUAGAAACAGUAUAGAUGACGUUGCGUCGGAUAUUUGUCGAACGUAAAAAUAUGGACGUAUCGAAUCAAUUGAUUGAUCUAUUUUAUACAGAAGUAAAACAAAAAAAAACACAAAAGUAUUUUAUAUCAAGAAACACGAGGUUGUAUUUGGGAUGCAUACGUGACUCGUGGAAAAAGUAGAUAUGAGAAUACAUUAUUGUAAAAUAAUUUGAAGUACAAAAAACAAGCUUGCGUUAGUACCGUGGGCUCUUUUAUUACACGAAAAUUCAGGUUUUACAAGAAACUGCCGUUUCUAGGGUAAUAAUUGUAAAUGUGAGCAAUAAAAAAAAAGUUUUUGUAAGUC